AUGCGUGCCGCAGCUUCUUCCUUUUGCCUCCUUGUACCUCUGGAAGCAACAUGGGUCACCAGCAGCUCUACUGGAGCCACCCGAGGAAAUUCGGCCAGGGCUCUCGCUCUUGCCGCGUCUGCUCAAACCGGCACGGUCUGAUCCGGAAGUACGGGCUGAACAUGUGCCGCCAGUGUUUCCGUCAGUACGCCAAGGACAUCGGCUUCAUCAAGUUGGACUAAGUGAUCUUUCUUCGAUGGAUUAUCCAGGACGUACCCUCAAUGAAAGAGACCAUGCAUACUCUUUGUACAUAAAAUAAAAAAUUUAAAAGCUUCCA